AUUUGUCCAAUAAUGGAAGACAGUUCAGGAAGUAGUGCAGCUGCAUGUGCAUAAAGCCAAUUGGGAUCAACUUAAGUUUUGUGAUGUUGAUGGGUUUGGCGAUCUGUGACUUGAAUGUCCUCUUCGUAUUCAGUCACUUUUGUGCAUUUGUGGAGGAACAUCUAGCCAUGUAGAAGGAAUGAUGGUCCCAUCUCCGCCUGAGAUGAGGCAACUUUGGAAGAUGCUCUUUCCGCUCCUUAUUCUCCUUUACCUAUCAGGAUCUGUCAAGUCUCAAGUAAAUCCAGGUGUGUGUCGGUCCCCGUUAGGAAUGUCCAGAGGCCAGAUCUUAGAUGAAGACAUCUCAGCUUCCAGUCAGUGGUCUGACUCCACUGCAGCAAAAUAUGGCAGGCUAGGCUGUGAGGAAGGAGAUGGCGCAUGGUGCCCUGAGAUAGCAGGAGACCCUGAGAAUAUGAACGAGUUCCUGCAGAUUGACCUCCGUUCUCUGCACUUCAUCACUCUGGUGGGCACUCAGGGACGUCACGCAGGGGGCAUUGGUAAUGAGUUUGCCCAAACAUACAAGAUCAAAUAUAGCCGCGAUGGCAGCCGCUGGAUCUCUUGGCGCAACAGGCAGGGCAAAGAGGUUAUAGAGGGGAACAGGAAUGCAUAUGACAUUGUGCUGAAGGACAUGGAGCCGCCCAUCAUUGCACGUUUUGUCCGCUUCAUGCCUGUCAUCGAUCACUCAAUGAACGUUUGCAUGCGUGUGGAACUGUAUGGCUGUGAGUGGCUGGAUGGCUUGGUUUCAUAUAAUUCUCCACUUGGCCACCAGAUGACUCUCAAUGGACAGUAUAUUUAUCUCAAUGACUCUGUGUAUGAUGGAGCCAUGAGUUACAGUAUGACAGAAGGACUUGGACAACUGACGGAUGGCAUGUGUGGUCUUGAUGACUUCACACACAGUCACGUGUACAACGUAUGGCCUGGUUAUGACUAUGUCGGCUGGACCAACGAGAGCUUUCCCAAUGGUUACGUUGAGAUCAUGUUUGAGUUUGACCGUACCCGCAACUUCACCACCAUGAAGGUGCACUGUAACAACAUGUUCUCCCAAAGGGUAAAGACGUUUCAGAAGGUGGUGUGUUAUUUCCGCUCAGAGUCUGACUGGGAGGCCACACCUAUAUCAUUCAGCCCUGUGAUGGAUGAUGUCAAUCCCAGUGCCCGCUUCGUCACCGUUUCACUCUACAAUCACAUGGCCAGUGCUAUUAAGUGCCAGUACUACUUUUCUGACAUCUGGAUGAUGUUCAGUGAAAUCACCUUCCAGUCAGAUACGGCCAUGUACAACACAACUCUGGCUCCGCCCAAGCCCGGUACUCCCACCAGUAAUCAACCAGAGGAUGACCCUACCCACAAAGUAGAUGACAGCAACACCCGGAUCCUGAUUGGCUGCUUGGUUGCCAUCAUCUUCAUCUUAGUAGCCAUUAUUGUUAUCAUACUAUGGAGACAAGUGUGGCAAAAGAUGCUUGAAAAGGUGUCUCGGAGGAUGCUGGACGAUGAACUAACUGCUAGUCUGUCAAUACAGAGUGAGACCUUCACCUAUAACAACAACAACAACAGCCCCUCCUCAGUGUCCAGCGAGCAGGAGUCCAACACCACCUAUGAGCGCAUCUUCCCCCUGGGACCCGACUACCAAGAGCCCUCCCGUCUGGUCCGCAAACUGCCAGAGUUUUCCCAAACAUCUGAGGAUACCGCAUCAACAAGUACAGCUUCCAAGUCUCCUCCAGUGAGUGUGCAAGAGGGUGUCCCACAUUAUGCUGAGGCAGACAUAGUCAACCUGCAGGGUGUGACUGGGGGAAACACCUACGCUGUGCCCGCCCUCACCAUGGACCUGCUGUCAGGGAAGGAUGUCGCUGUGGAGGAAUUUCCUCGGAAACUGCUUACCUUUAAAGAAAAGCUGGGAGAAGGGCAGUUUGGAGAGGUGCAUUUGUGUGAAGCUGAAGGCAUGCAAGAUUUCAUGGAUGAGGACUUCUCCUUCGAUGUCAUUGAAAACCAAACAGUGCUUGUAGCUGUUAAGAUGCUCCGAGCAGAUGCCAAUAAAAACGCUAGGAAUGAUUUCUUGAAGGAGAUAAAGAUCAUGUCACGAUUGAAAGACCCCAACAUCAUCAGGCUGCUGGCAGUGUGUAUGAGCUCUGACCCUCUGUGUAUGAUCACCGAAUACAUGGAGAACGGAGACCUUAAUCAGUUCCUGUCUCGCCAUGAGCCUGAAGGCAUGAUCGCUCUCCUCAGCAAUGCUCCAACAGUCAGCUACAGUAACCUGCACCACAUGACCACACAGAUCGCUUCAGGCAUGAAGUAUCUAUCUUCACUAAACUUUGUCCAUCGGGACUUGGCCACCCGCAACUGCCUUGUAGGGAAAAACUACACCAUCAAGAUUGCAGACUUCGGAAUGAGUAGGAACCUGUAUAGUGGAGACUACUACCGUAUCCAGGGAAGAGCGGUGCUGCCCAUCCGCUGGAUGUCCUGGGAGAGCAUUCUUCUGGGGAAAUUCACCACAUCCAGUGAUGUGUGGGCUUUUGGCGUGACUCUUUGGGAGAUGCUUACCUUCUGCAAAGAGCAGCCCUACUCACAGCUUUCAGAUGAGCAGGUCAUUGAAAAUACAGGGGAGUUCUUUCGGGAUCAGAGGAGACAGAUAUACCUGCCCCAGCCGCCAAUGUGUCCGGACCCCGUCUACAAGCUCAUGUUGAGUUGCUGGCACAGGAACAUGAAAGAACGUCCAUCUUUCCAGGAGAUUCAUCACACACUACUGGAAUGCAAGCCGUAGUGUCCACUUACGUGCCAACAUUGACACUCCCAGAGACAUUUCAGUUCGCCCACAGGACUCCAGUCAACCACACACAUCAACACGCACUUAUACAUUCCCAUAGGAAGUUUGAUCAGAAUCUAUAUUUUUUUCUAUAGCUAUUUUCACUGUGAGUGUGCAAAGGCAAUCUGAUAUAAGUACAGUAUGUAUGUAUAUAUAUAUAUAUAUAUAUAUAUAUAUACAGUGCAUGUAUAUAUACGUAUAUAUAUAUAUAUAUGUGUGUGUGUGUGUAUAGUAUGAUUGAACUAUACGCCCCCUAACUAAGUGCCUGCGGUCGGCAUACAAUACCUGGGCAGCACUAGGCUAAAUAAAAUGUAGCAAUGAAUUUAUGCACCUUUAACACAGAAGAAUUGGAUUUUACACACUGUGUAACUUUAUACUAACUGAAAUAUCUAUAAAAUAUCUUUUUCUUAAUAGAAAGAGGCAUUUAAAAUGGUAUUGGCUACUAAUGGGCCUUUUAUUAUUUCCAAUUUAAUGUUGUUUUCAGUAUUUUGAGGCCGAAGACAGCUUGAAUGUAAAUAAGAAUCAUUAAUUGACAUUCAGAUUCACCUUUUGUUUUUAUCUUGAUGUCACUUGACGUUUGUGUACAUGUUCAUCAUCUCAUUUAUUGAAAAUGCUCAAGUAUUUUUUUUUUCUUCUCUGUAGUAAACUGCAAAGACCACUUUCAACCAAGUGGAGUAACAGAAAGUUUGUUUGGUUGCCACAAAAUUUAAAAUUCAAAAUCAGAAAAGAUUCAAUUAAAAUUGUAAAUUUAAAAUGUAUAGUUAUCCGCAACUACCUAUAUAUGUGUUUAUAUUUAAGUGUACUGCUUUACAUAAGUGUUGUGCUUAUUAUGGUGAAAAUUGUGAUUAUUUAAGCCCAUUUCAUUAUUUUUCUUUGCUCAAAACAACAUUUGUAUCAAGAAGCAGAAAUGUCAGCAUAAUGAGCUAUACAUAGCCAUAAUCCUUUUACAGAAAUCUGUUAUAAUAUUUGCAUGAAGUUGGAUGAAAUCCAAUAUAGUACAAUGACUUAAUUGUACAUUUUUUUCAUUAUAUUUGUCCUGUGUGUUCAUCUAUUCUCAAAGUAGGCCCGAAUGGGGCUGUAUCACCAGUUUUGUUGAUCAAAGAUGAAAAUAAGCUUAUUUUGAAGCUGUUUGUCUUUCAUGCUGUUUGUCUUGUUUGCCUUGGUGCUGAAUUGCUAAACUGUUGGAUAAAUACUGGAUUUGUAUUGAACAGAUGCACUAUGAUGGCUACAGUAAGUUGUGAUGUGUUUUCGCAUGUGAAAAAUGCUGUUGUGAACACUCAGAAAUCUGUUUUGUAAUUAACUUGUAUACUUGUAAAUCAUUUUUGGUCAUUGUAUAUGACUAUAAUAUUGAAAAUGUGUGCCCCUUUGAGGGUCAGUUGAUAUAUAUGCCAUUCUAUACGUUUUGGUUGUGGAUUUGAAAGUCUCUGUCUACAUGUAUAGAUUCAUUUUAACAUUCUUGACAUGACUGAUGAAGUUGCAUUAUAGAUAUGCUUUAAUUCUAAUUCUGCACUGUUUUAUCAGCUGGUUUUCUCAGCAAGUCUAUUAAAGUUUCUUCUUUCAUGCUAUAAACAUAAAACAGUAGGCUAUAUAGUCAUUUUUGAGACUGAGUUUGUUUACAAAAACCUGGAAGUAUUCAACAUUCCACUUUAUAAAACACAGCUUUGUGAGGAGAGUAAAAACUUUUUCAUAUUCUACAUUGACAAUAUCUUAUCACAAUGAAGGGGAAACUGGAUUAUUUUUUUAUCAAUAUGAAAAAUAUACAGCAUUUUCUUUCUUUAAUCCUUUAAUCAUUUGAUAUCCCUAUGCUGUAUUCUUUUAAUAGCAGUCUUUUUUUCCCCACUAAUAAUCUUUUGUACAUGUAGGCCUGUGUUAUAAAAUUGUACAUACGAUAAUAAAUUGAUGAAUCUCUAAA